CUUACCGAGGCCUGACUUGCCAAAAAGCGGGAGGGAUCAGGAUCCCUGAGUGAUAUCACCAGCCGUUGAUAGAAAGGGGCAGGAAGAAGAGUUGUUUACAGGGAGUGUCUUGUGCUGCAUCAGUUCAGAACAGCUCUGCUGUGGUCAAAGGCUUUGCUUACCUCUGUCUGUGUUGUAUACGUGAUGCCUCCUGCCCGAUGCGCUCACUGCUGCAUUCAGAACUGCAGAUCCCAGUGGCAUCACCAGAAUGAACCAUGGCAAAUAGUCCAGAUGGAUGCUGCCUGUCAGACCCACUGCCGCCCCAGCUAUCUCACAGAAGAACAAUAAGGAAGACCAUUUAGAAGGAGUUCUUAUUUCGAAAGUGCCGAUGUAGUAAAAUGUGGCAUCAAGGUGGAUGAAGUGACCUAGGAAGGAAGUGACAAUGUGGCCAUUUUGGAGCCUGGACCUGAACCGAAUCCAGUGUGACUUGGGCUUCACAGAAGCCAUCAAUCAAAGCAUGCAGGUGCCCAACAGACUGAAGGUGGCAGAGGAGUCUGGCCUGUUGGAUCAGGAGAGAACAGCUGAGGAUGUUCCCCCAUCCUUUCAGAUGCACAUCCCUGAUAGGCUAUCACUGGCAGAGAUAAUAGAUGCUGGUCCAAGGCCAUUGCUGGUCCCACAUGAUGGGGAAAACUCCUCUGUUUUGCAUGAGCCCCUGAAUUCCUCUACCCAGCCUUCACCACUGAGGGAGCUCCCAUUUCUGAACAUCACCACCAGAUCAGCUGCCCAGAAACGCAAAAGAUCAGCUGCCCAGAAACGCAAAAGACCGACCCAGCAUGUGAGAUCACAGAGGGAGAGGCCACACAGUGAAAAUGCCCAGCUGCCCUGGCAUAGUGGAAGUGAGAGACAUGAUCGGCCAGACACAGGCCUACUGCCCAGCCCCACCCCGCAGUUCCCUCUGUUCAUGCACGGUGGCAGGAUCUACUCCUUGCAGAACAUCUUCCAGAUAAUGUGCUUCCUGAGUCGCCUGCUCUUCCACCAGGUUCAGAAGUCUAUCCAACCCCAAGCCCAGCCCAGCUCCCAAGAGGCUGGGCCAACUUCAGAAAGUUCCCUGGAGGAGAUAGGCAUGUCUGAGAUCAUAGCAAUGAGAAAACAGUUGAAUAAGAUCUCAGGGAGGCUGCGCAAUCUGGAGGAGCAAUGCACAGGCUGGCGUCAGAAGGAGCUUCUGGUCUACUCUGUGCUGGUCUCUGCGUGUCUCCUCAAUACCUGGCUUUGGCUAAGCAGAUGAAGAACCCUCCCCAUCACAGAACAGCCUGUGUGCAUGGGGGAGUCCUGGCUAGAACACUCUCAGACCAUAAACUCUGUGUUUCUUCCCCUUGGUUAACCUGCUUCUUGAACUGUAGAUUCCCUGAGGAUCUGUGACCUUUGGGCUCUGUUUGCAAUGCAGAUGAAUGGAUUGGGAUGUUCCUUUUUUGCUGGAGAAAGUUGGAAGAUUAGAAAUGGAAGGAGCUUACUUGCUGGAUCAGCUGACAACAAAGAGAUGUUUGUAAUCAAGAGCUGUCCAACCCCUUUCAAAUGAUGAACUUUUUGUCUUGCAGCUGUUCUGCCUUGGGCAAUGGCUUUAUCCACCUGUAUGCGCUACUUAAGUAGUAAGUAGUGUUGUAGGUGGGACUGGGCCGGGACAUGGAUGUAAAGUCACCAAGGGUGACCCAGGGGCUGCAAGAAGCAGUGUUAUUGGGUCAGUAGGUAGUGCUGGGGGUUUGCACUGAACCAAUCCUCAGCAUGGUGUUAAGGGAUGCUAUGUUGCUGUUGGUGCCAUCCUUCAGAACAGAUGCACAAAGCUGGGGUUCUAAGGGCUUGUGGCCAUCAAAAUCGCCAUUGCAUGGUGGAUAUGGGCAAUCCUGGUCUCUAGGCAAAUUCCAACUUGGGUAGCUAAGUUCUGACACCUAGACAUUUUCCUGUAGUUUCACUGAGACACCUCUUCAUGUCCUGCAUAAAGUUUUUGUGCUGCCUGGUUGCACGGUUUGAAGUAACAGUUGUUAUGUGGGAGAAAGCUGCACUGCAACAGGGGGCAAAGCCAAUUUGUAAGGAAUGUUGGUAACCAUGAAGAUGGAUUGUGGUGUGUAUGAUUAUUGCUAAUGUUCAGGUGUUGGCCAGCAGCCUGGAUGAUGACUUGAGUGCCUGGAUAUCAAAGCCAAAAGAGUGGAAAUCUCACAGAUGGAAUAUAUAGCCUGAGUAAUGAGACUUGGCCCCAUGUAUUUUAUCAGUUUUGCAGGUUUGGACUGGGUUACAGAGGAACUGACAAGGUUCUGCUCUGGGGUAUAUGGUGUCUCUUAUGACAAAGGAAAUUCUUGGCAUAGUAUUGGCUAAAAACUGUCAUGUGAUGAAGCUGGAAUCCUUUGCCUCAUUCAGUCUUGGAAAUUAUCGGUACUCUAAUCAGGAUCAGUGUUAACUCUCAGAUCCCUUGAUUGGCUCAGCAGGGAACACUUUGUUUCCACAGAUAUCUAAUGUCACCCCCACUCAGAACGGGUGUGUGUGCGUGCAUAUGUGUGGUUAAUGCUAUUUAUACAACACCAACAGAAGCACUUUACAGACUUGUAUGAAGACAGGGUCCCUGCCCUAGAUAGCUUAAAAUCUAAGUUGACUGCAUAGAAAUGCAGGAAUUGAGAUGCAUAUAACUGAAAAGGAUCUGACUAAGUGGUCACUGACUGUGUGUGUGGGUGGGGUGUAUAAUAACACACUCAAAAUUCAUGGCUAUAAUUGGACAACUUCUAGAUACACUGGUCAGCCUAUAUGAAAUACCAGUACCAAUGCAUGGCCACAAAAUCUGGGCCAGAUGGUUAACCCAGGUUUAACUUGGUUUCUCUUGUUCCAUGUAUAAAUAACUGUAGGUGCAAGUUUGGUCAUUUAAAUGUCCAAGUACCUGAUUUAUUGGCACAGAUACUUAGAUGUUCAAAUGAUGCAAGUUGCACCCCUGUCUAUGCCUAUAAAUCUGGUAGUACUUGGAUUUCUAAAUGAAAAAUAACAGUUCUAUAAAUAAUCAUAGGUGCAAAACUCUGCCCCUGAGGCCAAUGUCUAAGCUAAAGAAAAUAUGGAGAUUUACUGCAACAGAAGCUAGGAUCUGCUGACUGUUCGGGCAACUCCUACUGCAGUCAGGGAGGGUACGUGGGUGUGUGUGUGGAUGACUGUCAGCUCAGGUGGUUCCUACCUGAGGUUAAGGAAUGGGAUGAGCUGAUUUGUGUUGCUACUACCUACUUUGUUGCUCUGGAGUGGUUGGGCUUUCUCUUGGUCUGCAGAACUUGCACUCCAGCUCCUCUCACUUCUAGUGAACAGACCCAUGGAUCCAGUGGGAUCUAUCACUUCAGUCAUCUGUAGUUCAAGAUAGAAUCUUCUACAAUCCAUGCUUUAAUUUUGCUAGCAAUGUUAUGUGGCAUUGCAGUGGUUCCCACUUCCCUGUAACUGGAGCCACUGACUGUAGGAGAUGUUAUUUUCUUUUUCAGUCCACAGCAUGGACCGAAGAGGCCUGAUCCAGUGUGGUGGCCAAGGCCCUCUAGCUCCUGUCAGGCAUUUGGAGAAGAGGGUGGUUCCAAGAUCAGGCCUGUGCUGGCUAGUUGGAGGGUAGUUGCAGACUGAUUGCUAGUGGUGCAGUGUAAUUUUUUUGUAGGAGGCCUGUGUCCUAGUAGGUUUGUGAAAAUCUGGAAAUAACAAUCAAUAAAGAGCCUGUUUAAACACACAUGGCAGAAUAUGCCAAUGGCCUCUAGACCUGCUUACUGUAUCAACACAGCUAAUUUUGAGUAAGGUUUUGUCCUCUGGACUGCAACUCUGUAGCCUCCUGCUGGGUGUCUAAGCCAUGUGUAUACUUACUAUGGCUUCAACAUCCUCAUCUUGUAAGAUCAUGUUGACUGAAUUGGCCAGCCAGUGUAAAAAUACCCGCAAAUUACAGCAGCCCAAGAGUCCUGGACAAUUUUUUGUGAUUCCAGUCACCUGCUUAAGGUGGGAUUGUCUGUAGCUAAGUCAUCCUAGUCAAGCGUCUGUUCAACCCACUCUUGAAAAUUUCUAAGGAUAAAGAUUCCAUAACUUCUGUAAGUAGCCUGUUUUAUUGUUUGAGCACCUUCGUAGUCAGAAAGUUCCUUCUAAUCUCUAAUGUAAAUUUUGUCUGCUGCAGCUUGAGGCUGUUGGUCCUAGUUUUGUCUCCUGUGGUCAUGGAGAAAAGGCCCCCUCUCCAUCCUGUUCUUGGUAACCAUCCUUCAGGUAUUUGAGAACUGCUAUCAAAUCCCCUCUCAGUCUUUUCUUCUCCAGACUAAAUAACCCUGAUUAUUUCAGCCUUUCCUCAUAAGCCUUGCUUUCCAGGCUGGACUCUGCUGGACUCUUACCAGAC